AAAAAACAAAACAAUAAACAAAAAUUAUAAAAGUAAAAAAUAAAAAUAGCAUGACGCAGAGCGGUUCAUUGCAAACACAACCAACGGGAACUUAUCUUGAAAUGGAGAACACACAUGACGAAUUGCCGAGUAUAGACUUCAAAGAAGGUCGUUUUCCGUUUUGCAUCGUUUGGACUCCAAUACCUAUGCUGACAUGGUUCUUUCCUUUUAUUGGCCAUAUGGGUAUUUGUAUGUCGAAUGGAGUGAUACGAGACUUUGCUGGUCCCUACUUUGUUUCCGAAGACAACAUGGGCUUUGGAAGACCAACGCGUUAUCUGCGUUUAAAUCCCAAAUAUGUUGAUGGCACUACUCUAAUGUGGGACGAAAAUGUUUCUAAAGCUUCCGUACUCUACGGUACUCGCAUGCACAAUCUAUUCUGUGAUAAUUGCCAUUCUCAUGUCGCAACAGCUCUAUGUGGCAUGCGUUACAAAAGUCGCACGGGCUGGAAUAUGAUUAUUUUAGCAUUCUGGAUGUUUUUUUGCGGUCGCUAUGUGGGGUUUUCUGGUUUUGUAAAGACUUGGAUUCCAUUUCUUAUCGUAUUAACCAUAUGCAUUAUUCUAGGUGUGUAUUUCUGAGUCUAAACAUGACAGUAUAAUGAAUUUAAAUGUAGUAUGUACGCAAUAUGUAUUUAAUUAUUAGUGGUAGUAUAAUUCUACUAGAAUUGUUUGGUUUUAACGGUUUCGAAAUAACGUUAAUCCAAACCAUUAUUUUAAUGAAUAAUGUAACAAAUAAAUAGAUUUAUUUAUAAACAAA